AAAAUCCCUCUCAGGUCCACGCAAGUCCUUUUUUUCAGUAAGCGCCUGUAACGACAUGGACCUGAAUUUUUACGCGGACCUUUCGGAUGACACCGGACAACCCGGCGACCCCGAGUUCCUUGACUCGCAGCCUUUUAACGGAUUUGACGUCGGCAGUAAGUUUCCAGGAGGGGGUGACAACUACCUGGCCAUCACCGGAGAGGGCCAUCAUCCCUUCCUCUCCUCCUCUGAGUCCCUCUCUCUCUCUCACCUGCAGACAUUCCACACUCCCAGCCUGGGCGAUGAGGAGUUUGAAAUCCCGCCCAUCUCGCUCGACCCGGACACGGCGCUGGGCGUGUCCGACUUUGGCGAGCUGUCGGACGGCGGCGCCGGCAACGCGGUGGUCGGGGGCGACGAUCCCUCGUUCGCCUCCACCUUCGUCAGCAACCCCUCGCAGGGCCUGGAGCACCUUACCCUCGGGGUGAUGGGGCAGCAAAGUGGUGGCACACUGCUGGGGUCUACCCUGGGCAUGGACCUUGGCCACUCGAUUGGCUCCCAGUUCAGUAGCUCCUCACCCGUGACCAUAGACGUCAUGAGCGACAUGAACCACGGGCUCCUUGGACACAACCAGCUGACCACAAUAGACCAAUCAGAGCUCAGUGCGCAGCUGGGGCUCAGCCUUGGGGGCGGGACCAUCAUGCCCCGCUCGCAGUCACCUGACCAGCCCCUCUCAGCCAAUGCCUCGCCAGCGGAGUCGCUCCAAGAUGACGACAUGGAUGACUUCCGGCGGAGCGUUUUGGUCGACUCUCCAGUGUCACUCUCGGUCUCCCCGGCGGUCAUCUCGCUGAGCCCCUCGCUUUCGGACUCGCCCUCGGGCUCGGCCGCCUCCAGCGGGCUCCCGACCCUGGCGCGCCGCGGCGGGAUGGGCACCGGGGCAGGAGCCGGGGGCAAGAAGGGCAAGAAGAAGAAGGACCCCAACGAGCCGGUGAAGCCGGUGUCGGCCUACGCGCUCUUCUUCCGGGACACGCAGGCGGCCAUCAAGGGCCAGAACCCCAACGCGUCGUUCGGGGAGGUGUCCAAGAUCGUGGCCUCCAUGUGGGACAGUCUGGGAGAGGAACAGAAGCAGGUAUACAAGAGGAAAACAGAAACUGCUAAAAAAGAGUACCUCAAAGCACUGGCAGCUUACCGAGCCAAUCAACUUUCUCAACCCACCAUCGAGGUGUUGGACAGCGCGCCGUCUCCGCCUCCCGCCGCCCCGGAGCCCUCGCCUCCUCCGUCGGCCCCCACCCGCUCCGCCCGCAUCCCCCACCACGCGCCCGACAACAACACCAUCACCAACAUCUGCACCUCCAACAUCAUCCUGGACCUGCCGCAGGUCACGACCCGCUCGCGCACGGGUGCCCACAAACCAACUCCCGCGCCCGCCCCCGCCCCCGCACCUACUACUGCCACCACCUCCACCCCUCCUCCAGCCGUUAACAAGAUAAUCAUCUCUAGGCAGGCGCUGGUGAUGGCGGCUGGGUCACCGGGGGCGACGGCGGGCGCCCGGCUACCGCCUCCGCUCCAGCAGAUGCAGCAGAAGUCCACGCCGCCGCCCCCGCGCCUACAGCAGGCGCCGCCCCCUCUGCAGGCCAAGCCCCGGGCGCCGGCGGGCACCUCCGCGUCCUCGUCUUCCUCCUCGAUGGCGACGGCGCCCCCGCCGCCGCUCCAGAUCAAGAUCGUGCCGGCCUCGCUGCAGACGGACACGCCCAUCAUCGUGUCGGCGGGGGAGGGCGCCGGCAGCGCUUCCGUUUCCUCGCCGCCGCCGCCGCGCUCGGGUUCGCCCACCCCCGCCAUGGCAGUGGAGAUGGCGCAGCCCGCCGCCAUAGUGACUGCUUGUUCGCCCUCUGCGGCCGAAGAGGUUGGAGAGUCAGAAGAAGGGAUGGAGGUUGAGUUGAGCGUGUCCCCUGGUCCGGACAUGGCAGCCCCAGGGACGGCCAGCGUGUGUGUGAGGGCGGGCUGUAACAACCCACCAGUGGAGAGCAAAGACUGGGACCGCGAGUAUUGCAGCAACGAGUGUGUAGCCACUCACUGCAGGGAUGUGUUCAUGGCCUGGUGUGCCAUUCGUGGACAAAACUCCACCACUGUGACAUAGGUACCGGCGGCUGGACUGUGUGUGUGUGUGUGUGUGUGUGUGUGUGUGAGAGAGAGAGUAUGGGUUUGCUUUUGGGUUUGGGUUUGGGUGGGUCCUGAAUGGGUCCUGAAUGAACCAGGCUCACAUGAUCCACACUGGUCCUCUGCAAUCUGCAUUUACCUGCAUUUGGGAAGACACAGCGAGAAUUUUGCCACGCUGUGGACGAAGGAGUGGUCAGGACAGAUGUUAAAAGAUAAUCAAUAUUUUCUAUUUUGUGAAAUUUAUGUUUUAUUUUCUGGUGCUGUUGUCAUUAUGCAUUUCAAAACAGACACACACACACACACACGCACACACACACACACACACACACAUACACACACACACACUCCAUCUCACCCUCACAUGUGCAUCAAUUUACAAACUUGUUUUUUCGCUACCUACUUGAUCCAUAACAAAGAAAAGCCAAUAGGAAAUGGGUGACUGUAGAUUUUAGUAACAACUUAUUUGCUUGAAGGAGUAAGUGUGUAAAAUGAAUGAGUGAGGGAAUGAAUGGAUGGGUGGAUGGAUGGAUAGAUAGAUUGAUUAGUGGAUGGAUGAUGGAUAUGUAGAGUAGACUGUCUGAAACUUUUUUGUCUUAGGGAUGAGCAAAAUGUUUUAACAACAUUUGUGUGGCAGAAUGUCCUCAGUUACAUCAUUCUAUGGAGCUGGAUUUUACUUUCAGGCUUGUUUUUUUUUGAAGAAGAAGAAGAAGAAGAAGAAAUCCAUUUUGUGGUGGAUUUGACUAUAUGGAAAAAGAACACACUUUUAAAUCAAACACAUUUAAAUGUCUACAGUACAUACAGUUACGUCACGGCAGCAUACCAGUGUACUUGUGAAUGCAUCAGCAUUUUUUAAAGGGAGGCAUGGACAAUUAAGCUAUUUUGUACCUUUUUGAAGUGACAUCCUUCAUCACUGUACAUGAACCAGAUACCAUGAUACAUGUAUAUUUUUAAAUGAGGAAAAAAAGAAACAAACACUCAAAUAUUUUUAGCAAUGUUGUAAUGGAUCCUGUUUGCCAGGAAAGAAAUAAUUUUCAUUAACCCGGUGUCCUUUGCUGGGGAAAAGGAAACUUUUGGAGUCACGUCUAUUGCAAGGAACCUGCAAGUGACACUUCCUGACAUGCUCACAGAGCUAACUUUUCCUUACUCCUGACUUUUGAAUGGAUUUAACAGAAGAGCGGGAAUUACAUCUCAACACGUUCCCAAAUUAAUAAAUUAAAAAAAAGUCUAUGAUCAAAAGCUACUGUUUUUGGUGGGGUUUAUUUCAAAAUGCAUCUGUUUUCAGUAACCUCUCAAAAAUGAUUGUACGAAUGUAAUCUGUUAAAGGAAUUUAUUUAUUUAGUGUUUUUGGGGGAUCAAUGACAAACUACAUUACAGAUCUACAGUUCAGGUGGGAAUUGGCAAAAAUGCUAUUGCGAUAUUUUGGCCACAAUACGAUAUUAUUGCGAUUCUUAAAGAAGACAUAUAAUGGAUGAAUUGAGUAUUGCACUGUGUUCUCUGAUGUUAAAAUAGUAUAUAUUCAACUUUGGUUUGAAAAAAUAAACUAAAUUGCAAUUUUACAAGACUAAUUAAAACCAUAUAUUUAGGUUGGGUAUUGAAAUGGUCCGUUUGACUAAAUGGCGCCCUCUUUUGGCAACCCCAAUUGGAU